AUGCGUCGCACACCCUCCCCUCAUUGUCUAUUGCAGCUACCACCAGACAUGAGCCGCUUCAGCCCUCAAGCAGAAGACAUUUUAACAGAUGAGGAUCUACUCGAGCUAUUUCGAAUCGUAAAGCAAAUCAUUAGAAAGAAGCCGGAUGCGGAACGUAUUGCGAAAUUGUACUUUUGUAUCGUAUAUGCAAUGGGCGAUCUAUACCAAUUCUGCAAGCCUGUGCACAGCGAUGUGUUGGUAUUUAAAGAUGAAUCAAAUGCUGCCAGUCCGACUAUUGCAGAAGUUCAAUUGCCCUCGUCUGUAUCCUGUUGUCAAAAUACUUCGACAUCUGAGGGUAACCCGUCAAGACAAACUCUUACUAUGACUACCCCUACUACUACUACUACUACUACUACUACUACUACUACUGCUACAGAAUCACCUCCAGUCGAAUCGGCAUCUGCUCCAACAGGACCAGUGCCUCAGCGGAUACUCUCAGUAUCCUAUCUGACAAACCCACCACCUCCCAUGAAAUCAGGCCCACCACACCUGCCUCAGAUCAUGUCUCGACCACCCGAGGAAACAUCGACAGAUCAAUACUCUGUAAGACCUUAUACAAACAUUAGACCUAUUUAUCCAUCUUCUUCUACUGCAUAUCAACCCCCCUGGACAUCGACAGACGAACAAACCGCAUCAUCCCCACCAAGUAGCUUGGAACAUACGCCCAACUUACCUCAGUACAACUACCUCACUCAUCCACAUCAACCUCACAACCCACCCCAACCUUUGGGAAAUAGAUUUCCUCAUUUGAAUACCCUCAUGAAUGGUACAAGUACUGAAGUAUUAAUGGAACCCAAGCAACGAGGAUUCUACUAUCAGGAUGGUAGAAUCACAAGAGAACCUGCUUUGCUACAGCGUUAUGCUGAACAAGGUGUUUUGACUCAAGCUUCCCUGAUGCGCAAAAGAAAAAAGACAUUUGGAAGUGAGCCUGAUUUCCCUUACGAACUAUCAACAAUACCUGCUCCUGUCAAGAAACCCAAAAUUCCUCAUCGACACGGUGAAUUCAAGCAAAGACGUGAUGAUAUUAUUAGCAGAAUGAGAACCAUUAUGAUGGCUGAUUUAGAGCAAAAGGCACAGCGAUUACCAAGCCAUUUCACUCUGGGCAUCGAAAAAGCAACUUUACCGCCAGACAUCAAUGCCGACAAUUUGAGCACAGAAGAAGCCAGUAAAUUACUAUCGCCUGCACUUCGUAUCUUGACACUGCAUUCCAACAUGAAACCACAUCUCGACAAUGGCAUGAACCAAAACGGCAUUUACUAUAAUAACGACUAUUUUCGACUUUACAUGGCAUUUGUACAAUUCCAAAAUAUCUUUGAAGCAUUAUUUCCCAACGAAGUGAUCAAAAUCUCUACUGCCAGCACGCCUGUCUCUUUGGACGAUACAAGCAAUAUGCCUUCGCCGGGCUCCAUGGCUGAAAGAGACAAAGACAGGGAACGGAAUGCCAACAUGAAAGCUUAUCGUGGCUGGAUCGAACCAUUCUUGACAGAAACCAAUUGGGCUGCUUUCCGUAGAAACAUCAUGGUGGGAGAACGUAUCAUGCAACUCACCAAUGUUGUUGGACAAGGUAUACUGCUCAUGACCAAGGAACUCAGUGGCUCAAAACUGCACUUGACAUUCACAAACAACGAAUGGGACGAAUUCAUACAAGGCCUCAGUCAAGGCCUCUGGGACGAAACGAUAGACUGGAGUCAUGAUGAAGACGAGACCACUGAAGAGAGAAGAAAUGCUGGCGGUUCCCUUCUUGUAAACGAGCUAAGGCUGAAAUUUGCUACUCAUUUUUGGUUCACGGAAGAGGGCACUGUUGUUCCGCCUGCUGAACGAAAGGUGCUCAGAGCCAGAGAGCGUCAAAACAACAAACACGUUAUGUAA